GUUCCUUUGAGGAUCCAUACGCACGAUGUCGUCGAAGCGGUCGAAGAAGGAUGGCGAAACUAAGACUGAAGGUGACGGGGACAAGAAGAAGUCCAAGAGUAAGAAGAAGGAGAAAGCACCAUCGAAAGAGCCCAAGGAACCCAAAGAGCCCAAGGAGAAAGCACCAGUUGUAGAACCGCCAACGACGACGCAGGCACCCCCGCCUCCCGUCAUCGAGCAGCCCGAAAUCAACGAUCCGGAUGCUAUCCAGCUCUUUCGCCGAUACGACCGUGAAAAGGCCAACCACGUCACGCGCAGCGACUUCCUAGACCUUUUGCGUGACUAUACGACAUGGUACCCCGGAAGGAAGUGGAACAUGCCAGUCAUGCCAUGCGCGCUCACGGACGCGGCGGGGGUCCCGCUCGGCUUUGAACGCACGUCGCGCAACUCCGAGUUCGAGGCCGGGCAGCUCUUUGAACGCUACGACACGAAUCGAUCAGGAACGUUGGAGCUUGGCGAGUUCCAACUUUUCUUCAGGGAUUUCAAAAAGCAGUUGGCCCCGUUCGUGGACGAAAUGCUCGCGGCAUUUCACGCAACGCCACCGCUGUCACGAAUGGGCUUUGACUCGGCGGGGCUACCCCGACGCCAUCCUCCCACCAACUCGUUUGGCGAGCCAACGACAACCAACCCCUGGCAGCAACGUCCGCCCAACCACGACUCGUCCCAGCGAGUGUUUGAUACAAGGCACUUGUACGAGUCCAAACUCGACCAGCUGCAUGCGUUGAGUGAAAAGACAUUGCGCCACUUGCAACUCCAAAAGUUGGACCAUGGUCAGUAUCCGCGCCACCAAGCCGCCACCGCGACUUUGCCGACAUGGACGCGACACGCACCACCGCCUUCCAUGAUGCCUCACCACCACCACAACACCAGUGCCCCCCGCUGGCACGACAUGGAUGAACUUGAAAGAGACUUAGCGUUUGUGGAUCGAAUAUACACCGACACCACCAAGUUCAUGGAGCAGGCGCAUCGGGUCGUGUCGAUUGAAGACAUGAAUGCGUUCCUAGAUGAGUUUCCACGGGUAGAAGACACAAACAAGAUGAAAUCAUGCACGACAUACGAGUGCCUCUUGGUUUUGGCUAGAUGCACGGGAUGGUCCAACAAAUAGCCGCGAAAACCUAUGCGCAAUCCCCACCGGUAAACUCACAUCAACCAACACACAGUAGCAGCAAAAACGACGUUGAUCGGGACAAGCUGGUCAAGGUCAAAGACCAGAUGAUUUGGGGGUUGCUGCAAGAACGGAAUGAACUGAGGCGGCAGCGGGAUGCUAUCGACGCUCAAUUCCGUCACAUGACCGAGUUGAGUGCCCAGGAAAUGCGAAAAUGGGCCAAACUCACGGACGACAUGCAAGCAGAAAUAGAACGGCUGCGGGGGUGACCAAAGUUGCGAUGUACACGUUAGCUGCUGUACAUCUCUCCGAGACACUGGAGCUUCCAAAAUAUCCUGCGACAACUUAUAAAAGUGUAUAUUGCAGUUGUAAUACCACCAACCAUUGAGAUCCAAAC